UGUUUUAAAAUGCAAGCAUAGUGAGCAUAAUAAUUUGCAUACUUUAUUAAUUAAGAGCGGAGUCAGUGAGGGACAUGGAGGGACAGUUGUCCCCCCAACUUAAAAAAAAAAAAAAAAAAAAAAAAAGGGAAGAAGAUUAACGGACAGAAAGCCAGAAAGAAGGAAGAAAAGAAAAUCAUCUUUCUUCGAAGUUCGAAAAUCCUCUGCCAGUCCGCCGCUCUCGCUCGUCGGCUCCACUCCUGGCACUCCGUCCCUCCGUCCGUCGAGUCGCCGCCGUCGCUGCUUCGUGAUUCACUGUUUCGUCCGUUCGUCGGCUCGUCGCUGGACUCGCUGCUCUCCAUUCGACUUCGCUCACUUCGCUAAAUCGCUAGAUCCAAUUCACGUGAAUGGGAUUUUGGACUUUGAUUGAAGGGUUCCUCCUUUUUGCUAAUGCAUUAGCAAUACUAAAUGAGGAUAGAUUUCUCACUCCGAGGGGGCUGAGUUUUGAGGCUACAACAGGGAGAAAAAAGUCGCUUAAACAACAAGCUGUAGGUCUUAUCUAUGUAGCUCAAUACUUCAGGUUGCCCUUGAUAAUUUUGAAUGUUAUCAUGAUCGUAUCAAAGCUGGUUUCUGGAUGAGGUAAAUGGUGAACUGACUAUAUCCAAAUUAUUCAUUUAACAUAGGACAUCGUCACAUCUGGAUGUUUUGUGCUCAUAUGGCAUCCAAUUAUCUUAUUUUUUGAUACGACAUGGAGAGAGAUGUGUGGGUGUUGUACUUUGCUUUUGAAUAUGUUUAUGUGAUUAUUUAAAGGCAGAACUUAUGUAAAGGAUGUUGUGUAUCUUUUUUUUUUUUUCAGUUUUAUGAAUAACAAAAUCUUGAUUUUGUAAUUGAUGAUGAUACACUUCUAGCUUAUAACUAGAUGGCUUAACAUCUAUAUCAUGUACUAGUUCUUUUAUA